CAAUGGCAUCUCCCAUCCCCGCAGACGACUGGACUCAAGAAAGUAGAAAAAGAACAUCCUAUGUCUUAACCUCAUUACGAAGCUCCCAACCAUAGGCGAUGUAACUCGGCAGGAGUAUCUAGAGACCUCGACCAAACCGAUCAAAUUCUCGGCGGAGAAAAUGAGGAUUUGGAGAAUACAAGAUGGCUGUUGCGACCACGAGUGCGAGCAUAGAUGGAGAGUCUGAUAUCCACAAACGAGAGCCACUCCUGACGUUUAUAAAUGCAAUGCGACACUGGGAUCGUUAUCCUAAGAACCUUCUCGAUCGCACCGGACUUGAUGAUCUAGUCACCGACAUCACAGGCAACUUCACCGCCACCGAGCGCAAGGUCCUCUUCGGAGCGCCAUUCAAAGGUCAAAAACGGCUCCCAGCGCGUGCCAAAGCUAUCAGAAAGGCUCUUCAGGUUCUCAUUCACGAUGCAGGCAUCAGCAGGAACGACGCCUCUGACUCGGAAGAAGAGCGAGACAGAGGAAGAAUCAUGGAUUAUGGGACCUAACGUGUCGUCUCGGCCCGAGCGCUUGACGAGUUCUUCGGUUUUCGCCACAAUCCCUGUAGCCGAGACGAAGACGGCUCGCUUGACUUG